AUGAUGGACGCGUGCUGUUCCCGCUUCACGGCAGCCGAAGGUGGAGCAAGGCUCGCAGCCGCCGCAUCCUCCAAAAACAUCCUCGCUGUGGAGUAUUCCUCCUUCAUUCCCAUUCGGCUGCUUUAUGAAAAGGCUUAUCAGAUACGAGGUCCUAUGUCCAGUGGGUGUCAACGUUCCAUCUAUGUGACUCGUGCCACCAGAAUUCCAGUAGUGGCUUACGAGCUCAAAAUACUUACAGACCUGACAAUAUCAUCAGCUGAGACUUAUGAAGAAGUAGAUGAUUGGGAGGCAGAACUCGAGGCCAAGGAGGUGAUUGUGUGCACAGCUUCUGUCCUCAAGCAGAUACUGGAAGAUGGUUUACUGACAACGAACAUGAUUAAUGUCCUAAUCCUGGACAGCUGCCAUCUCAUAUACAAAGAUGAAAAUUUAAAAUAUAUAAUGCAACACUAUAAAGAAUGUCCAGUGUCUGAUCGUCCAAUCAUCCUCGCGAUGACCUACCCACUGUUCACUUCUCCCAAGAAAGACGUGAAGAAAGAUUUCCCUCAGCAAGACUCCCAAGAGAUCAUCAGCAUCAAGACCCAGACGGAGAUAAUGAGAGAUCAGGGAAUUGAGGAUGAGCUGGGUGUGUACGAGAAUCUCGAUGAUUUUGAUCUUUACGAGAAGCUGGAGUGGAAAAUUGAAGAUCUGGAGUCGGAAUUGUGCUGUCAGAUGGACCUGGCGGAGGACAUCGAUGGUGGGAAGCGGAUAGCCAAUUCUCUGACGAAGCCGCGGGAGCUUAUUAUAGAAUACGGACCUCGACCCUCAGAGGACAUCAUGUCUGAUGAGUACAGGGAGUUGGAAAAAUUCAUGGUGGACACCAUUAACGAAGCAACGCAGUUCAUAGAUGACCAUAGACAUGACCCCUCCGAGAUCUACGGUGACGAGCUUUAUGAGGAGUUUAUGGACAUUCCAGACCCCGGGAUAGACCCCAAACGGUUGUUCAGACAGUUCCUAUAUGUAUUGGAGCAGCUAGGACCAUACGCAGCUGACAAAGCAGCUUUCUCUCUUCUAAUAAAAUUAGAAAAAUUAAAAAUAAAAGUACCUUACGAACGACACUUUCUAUUGCUGUGUCUUUGUACGACGGUCUUUAUAAAGAUCAGAGGUUUUGCCGAUUAUAUGUUUAGUAAAGUAGAAAAUGAUUGGGAAAAAAUUAAAAUAUUUAGCACUCAUAAAGUGUUAAGAUUCGCUGAAAUAUUGGAGAAAUUCCAACCGCCCGAUCUUAAGAGUAAAACCAAGAAAGAUAGUAGCGAUAUUAAUGCUAUUUGUGUUGUAAGUGAGACUGAUAGUUGCGUUAGUCGAAAAGAUAGUGUCAAUAAAAUGCUCAACGAAAUAGAUAAAUGCGAUUUUACAACGCUAGGCAACAAAAUUCAGGAUAGAGUUAAUAUUUACGAAUCUAAUUUGAAAGAUAUUGAAGAAUUACCGACGGAUAUUGACGUGUGUGUAGAUAAUAAAUUAGAAAAUGCCAUAAGUAGUAAUGAUAGUAAAGAAAAGCCUGACAAUGGCAGCAACGGUAUACAGAAAUCGACUGAUGUCGGCACAAGCAAUGCGAAUAUCAGCAGAGUACAUGAUUUGAAAGUCACUACGCACAAACAAGAUAUUAAUGUACCUAGUACUACCGAUAGUCAAACUGCGUCAGCAGAUAUUAGUAAGACUGAUACUGCAAAGCCGGAUAGUAAAGUACCUGAACUGUUUUCCAAGGGGUUAUUGCUUUUACCAAGACGUACAGGACACAGGACUCGUGGUAGGUCACGCAUGCAAAGGAACAAUGCUGCUAGAUUGCUACAGAUGCAGCAGAAUCCAGAUGCUCUGUGCGGCAUUGUAUAUAUGAAGGAUGCAUUAAUUGCCAAGAUCAUGUUCAUGAUUAUUGUGGAUAUGUCUCGCUGUAACAGAAAGCUGUCAUAUCUGUGUGCCCAAUAUUGCGCUAUGGACGAUGCGGUGGACCCGGGAACUGAGCUCAAGGAAUGUCAACGUCAGGGGAAGAAACAGGAGGAAGUCUUGAAGAAAUUUCGUAUGCACGAAUGCAAUCUGCUGCUGGCGACAUCAGCUUUGGAAGAAGGAAUCGACCUGCCCAGGUGCAAUUUGGUACUGAGAUGGGAUAUGCCACCUUCAUACCGUUCCUAUGGCCUCUGUCGUGGGAGGGCGCGAGCACCGCGAGCCACGUCCACCUUGCUCUGUACUGACUCUGUCGAAACCACUGACAACUUGUUGUACAACGUCGCUACUUAUAGGGAAUUAGAUCAGAUAAUAAGCAGAAAAUGUGGUUGCGGUAUACAAAACGAGCCACCACAAUCAGAAGAAGACCACGCUGAUAGAGUAAAUAUCUUUGUAAAACCAUAUACUCCGAACGAUAACUUUAGUCACGCUAAAACCGUAAUUAAAAAACCCACUGAAAGUGUUGCCAAUAUGAAAAAUGCUAACGAUAGACGAAAAGACGCUGAUAAUACUAUAAUUGAAAAUAUUGCCAAGUUAAAAGACACUACUAAAGUUAGUGAUAGCAUGGAGACUGAUAGUCAAAAUUAUAUAAAUAAAGAUAUAAGUAGCGACGAUAUUAGUCAAAAUUCUAACACCAAAGAAAAGAGAGAAAAUGAUGACAAAGAUAGGAAUUUGACAGGCGUCGUAACUGAUGAUAUAGAGGCUAAAAGUAUACGUACAGUAGAGGAAAAAAUCUGCACUCGGUUAGAUGCUAAUAACAAAGAAAAUUACGAUAAAAAUAGUUUGUUUGAUAGUAACAAAUUUUGCUAUCAGAUAAGUAGUAGUCAGAUAUCUGAAAACAUUGACAAUGUCUCAAUAGUUCUUGAUGACGAACAUGAUAAUAAGUUAGUAAGUGAAACUGAUAGUCUUGAUAUAUCUUGUAUUAAUGAUUUGAUAGAUAAAACAUUAACAAAAACUGUGGAACUAAGCAUAAGUAAUAAAUUAGAAAAUAACUUAGAAUGUGAAAUAAGUGAUUAUGAUAUUUGUGGUGAGAAAAAAACAGAAGUUGAACUUAACGAAAAGGAAACUGUAAAUACUAAAAAAUGUGAGUGUUUUUGUGGUUUGAAAGUAAAGAGGGAUAGAAGUAGCGGUGAUAUUAGUAAAAGUGAUAGUAAGAAAAAUAUAAGUGACUCUGAUACUGCAAGUGUUGAUUUGAGUACGGCCAUUGCACUUAUAAAUAGGUACUGUGGCAAAUUACCAUCUGACACGUUCACCCGUCUGGCUCCGCAAUGGUGGAUGGAGGAAGUGCAGCUUCCGCACAAAGAUACAAAUGAAAUGAGAACCGCUUAUAUCUGCACACUGAGACUGCCUCUCAAUUGUCCCGUCAAAUAUAAUAUUGUUGGUCAUCCGAUGCCAACCCGAGUGCUCGCGAGACGGAUGGUCGCCCUACAAGCCUGCAGGAUACUCCACAAGUCUGGAGAAUUGGAUAACCAGUUGAUGCCUAUUGGUAAGGAAAACUUCAAGGCUGCAGAGUUAGAGGCAUCCAACACAAUCGUCUAUACCAAUAAUAACGAUGCAAUCGACAACAAUGAUAGCGCACGCCCGGGGACUACAAAACGACGCCAGUAUUAUUAUAAGCGGACCGCUUGGGCGUUUACUGAUUGCCAACCAGUUGUAGAUACGAGCGAUUCAGAAGUAGAUGCUUCAAGAACUCAACCGGAGACAGUAGAGCCCUCGCCUGAAAAACCAACAGGCAAAAAGCGCAACAUGCUGUACGCGGUGGUGUCGUCGCUGUGGUGCGCGCUGCCGGAGCGCUACAACACGCGCGGGCGCCGCCUGCACGCGCCGCAGAGCGCCGCGCAGGCCAUCGGCAUACUCAUGGCCAGGGACGAGCCCGACAGUCUGCAGAUCCCAGCCUUCCCGGUGUACACUCGUUCUGGAGAAGUGAGGGUUUCCGUGGAACACGUUCCUGAUGCGGACGUCAGAUUAUCACCCAGGAGAGGUCGACUCGUCAGAAGAUUUAUGCGUUUCGUGUUCGCCGAAGUUCUAAGGGUUCGUCGCCGAGGGAUGAAAUUACAGAGCGACGGCUCCACGCACAACAAUUAUUAUAUUGUACCAACUGUUAAAUCUACUCGACCCGACGGCUCUACCAAGAUAGACAUAGACUGGGCGUUCUUAGAACUUAUAUAUCAGCAUACAGAAGAUAAGAAGCUAUCAGAGUUAGACAGCAACAUGCUCUGGGAGUGUCAUGAAGAUGAAGAAGUAACCAAGGCAAGAGGUCCAUCCCGCGAUAGACGAGGCAAAGUGAAGAAGUUGAACAAUCCCCUUCUAAAGCCUGACGAAACCUUCAUCUUCGAUGCGGAGAAGUACAGUGAGGCUGUCGUCACUCCCUGGUACAGGAAUCAAGAUCAGCCCCAGUUCUUCCUGGUAGCAGAGAUAUGUUGGAACUUGACUCCAGACUCCUCGUUCCCCUCGUCUAGUCACACCAGUUUCAGGGAAUACUACAGCAGCAAGUACGGAGUGUCACUUACUCAAAGGGACCAGCCUCUUCUGGAUGUGGACCAUACCAGCGCCCGGUUGAAUCUUCUCACGCCAAGGUACGUGAACCGCAAAGGCGUGGCCUUACCGGUGUCCUCGGAACGUACCCGGCGUGCCAAGCGCGACCGGCUGGAUCAGAAGCAGAUCCUCGUCCCCGAGCUGUGCCGCGUGCAUCCCUUCGCUGCUCCGCUGUGGUUCGCUACAGUCGCUCUCCCGUGUGUUUUGUACAGAAUUAAUGCCCUCCUGAUAGCGGAUGAAAUCCGACGCGCGGUAGCAAUCGACGUGGGCCUGGGCAUACCGAAGAUCAACGAGAAAACCAUGCCUGGCUUCCAAUGGCCAGCGCUUGAUUUCGGCUGGAGCUUGGCUGAGGUGCUUAGUGCAGAUUCGGAGAGAACCGAAAAGAAAAGAGAAGAAGAAGAGUUAAAGAAAGAACAGAAGGAGAAAGAGAUAAGAGAAGAGAAAGAGAGAUUAGAGAAGGAGAAACAAGAAAAAGAGAAUGAGAAGAAGAACGAUGAUAUGGAAGAUGAGCCAAGAGAGAAGACUAUAAAUGAUAUAUUACAAGAGAAAGAGGACGCCGAAGGGGGCUUUGAGAUCGGCACCUGGAGUAACGACAUGGCCUCUCAAAUCCCUGAGGAGUCGGAGUACGACGAAUUCUUGGAGCCACUGCCGCCUAAUUUAACCUUCUGUACUUCUGCGUCAGGUGGAACAAAUUGGUGUGAUCCCAUCGAAAAACCCAAGUUCAGCAGUUACAACCCCAACAGAUACUCUAUGGUCGACAGCGAUUGUUCGUAUAUAUCCAGUGACUUGGACUCCGAUGACACAGACCUGGAUUACGAAGACAGCGAUGAUGAUGACGACAGUGGAGGUUUCUGUUGCAACAAGAAUACCAACAUGGCGAUGGGAGUCCGCAUAGAAUACAAAACAGCUCACGAGGCCGAGGCUGUAGAUCUUGAACGCACCAAGAAGGUUAACCCAGCACCGACUCCUGAUGAAGAAGAUGACGCUUUGGACAGAGAGGAGCAUGAUAAGUUGCUGAGAACUGGAGUCGCGCCUAAAGAGUACAUCGAUAAAUUCCGAGCGUCAGUCAACCGCCACAAACAAGAAAUCGUCAGCCAGGGGAAUUUAGUCUUCAAAGACAACCCUCUGACAGAGGUGUUGCCAGAAAGCAAAGACAAGCAGCAUUUCGUCAAUAUGCUGACGCAGGAAAAGGCUAUAUCAGAGUUAUUCCCUUUCGGUUCUGAGAAACUGGUGAUCAGAAAUGGCCAGGUUAAUGUUGAAAGUAUUGAAAGGAACAAACGGAUAAUUCUAGAAGGUAUCAAGAAAACGGUAUCCAAAGAAGAAAUCAAAAAAUUUAACUGCUUUUCCAUGAAAGACAUCGACAUAGACUCGCCAGAUUACGUCAACGAGAAGAUAGUGAACGUGGGCUUCGAUAAAAAAGAUAUUUACGAAGAGACUUGCAGGAGAAAGCAAGAGUUCCAGCCGUAUUACGCUGUAGGGAAGCAGAGUGCGCAGGAGUUUGAUUUUGACUACCAACCGAAGUUGGAAGGUCAUCCUGGGCCUAGUCCGAGUGUUAUUUUGCAGGCUCUGACGAUGUCAAAUGCAAACGAUGGUAUCAACCUAGAACGUCUCGAGACCAUCGGAGACAGCUUCCUCAAGUUCGCCAUCACAGCGUAUCUGUACUGCGCUCAUCCCACGGUCCACGAAGGGAAGCUGAGCCACAUGAGAAGCAAACAGGUAUCAAACUUGAACCUGUACCGUUUGGGUCGCAACAAGAGGCUCGGCGCAAGGAUGAUCGCGUCCAAGUUCGAACCCCACGACAACUGGUUACCGCCCUGCCAUAAACCACCCCCGACAUUACAUGCCAACGCCAAUGGCGAAGCUAACCUCGAUAUGCUCAACCCUGAGAUGCCGUUGGAUGCCGCUGGAUGCUUCAUCCCCUACAACUUGAUUACACAGCACAGCAUACCAGACAAAUCAAUCGCCGACUGCGUGGAAGCAUUGAUAGGUGCUUACCUCCUGGAGUGUGGUCCUCGAGGUGCUCUCCUGUUUAUGUCCUGGCUCGGCAUCAAGGUCCUCCCCUGUCACCACGUGGCCGUCGGAGACGACCAUCCCUACGUGGUAGCUGCCAGGAAUGCUGAUGAAACUCCUAAGCAUCCGCCACCGCCCCCUUCACCAAAACGCCAGCGAACCAACUCCUCAUCAUCUGAGUGCUCCACUGAUGAUGAAGAACCCUUGCAGCAGCAGGAGGUGUUCCCCGAAACAGACUGGUCCUGGAGCGGCAGAGCUGUAGGAUCUUUGCAACCAUACCUUGAUGAGAAUGGAGUCUGGAUGCAGCCAAUAUUUGGUGAGUUGAAAGCGCCUCCUUCGCCAUUGCUGAGGUACAUAGAAGAUCCUGAAGGGGAGCUGGAACAAAUGCUGUCUGGUUACGACGCAUUAGAACGCACUCUCCAGUACCGGUUCAAGGACCGCUCGCUGCUCCUGCAAGCUCUGACCCACGCCUCGCAUCACAGCAAUCGUCUCACAGACUGCUACCAGCGGCUGGAGUUCCUCGGAGACGCUAUACUUGAUUACCUUAUAACCCGACAUUUGUACGAGGACCCAAGAAGACACUCCCCCGGUGCCCUCACAGAUCUACGUUCAGCUCUCGUCAACAACACCAUAUUUGCUACUCUGGCUGCUAGACAUGGGUUCCAUAAAUACUUCAGACACAUGUCACCAGGAUUGAACGAGGUGCUCACGAAGUAUGUCAAAAUCCAAGAAGAGAAUGGUCACUCCAUAAGCGAAGAGCACUAUUUGAUCCAAGAAGACGCAAUGGAACAGGCUGAAGACGUAGAAGUACCCAAAGCGUUAGGUGAUCUGUUCGAGUCGGUCGCUGGAGCUAUAUUCCUCGAUUCUGGUAUGUCUCUAGGAGCCGUUUGGAAGUCUUACGUGAACCUAAUGGGCGCGGAGUUGGAGGCCUUCAGCGCAGCCGCUCCCAAGUCUCCCGUCAGAGAACUUCUGGAGGCUGAGCCGGAUACUGCUAAAUUUGGUAAACCAGAGCGUCUGGCUGACGGUCGCAGAGUUCGUGUGUGCGUGGAAGUGUUCGGUCGUGGCACCUUCAAGGGCGUGGGACGCAACUAUCGCAUCGCAAAGGGUACAGCCGCUAGGUGUGCCCUGCGCCAUCUACGGGAAUAUCGACCACACUGA